AUGGCUGUCAACUGGGUUAGCAUCGUGUCGGCUCUGCCGGCAGAUCUGUUUGACCAGACUACUCUUAUUUCGCUGGCAUCGACAGUCGCCAUCUUGGCCGCCGCCUAUGGCGCGUCGCGCUUGGCGCUUCCAGCAACGGCAUCGACUUGCUGCCGCUCCUUGUUCAUCUGGCACGCAUUUGACGCGCUCAUCCACUUCGUGCUAGAGGGCAGCUAUCUCUACCAUUGCUUCUUCAGCUGGAUGCCGGUGGCCGAUCUAGCCCCCGAGGACUACUACGUGAUCCAGCCGCACCCGUUUCUGGGCCAUGGCGACCGGAUCUACGGCCCCCAGGCUAGCAGCCAGAACCCCUUUGCGCAGCUGUGGAUGGUGUAUGCACGCGCCGACCGGCGCUGGGCGGGCGCCGAUCUGGGCGUUAUCAGCUUGGAGCUGCUGACUGUGCUUGUUAUGGGCCCGCUGUCGUGCCUCGUGUGCUACGACCUGGCACGAAGCCGCCCGCGGGCCAAUGUACUGAUGGUAAUCAUUGCGACGGCAGAGCUGUACGGCGGUUUCAUGACAUUCUGCCCCGAGUGGUUGAUCGGCAACGCCAACCUGAACGGCAGCAACUUCAUGUACAUGUGGAUAUACUUGGUAUUCUUCAACACGCUGUGGGUUUUCAUCCCACUGUAUGUGAUGUACGUGGCUAUUGCGGAUAUUUCGGACGCAUUUUCAGUGCGGGAGGCUCAAAAUCAGACGAAGAAACUGAGAUAG